AUGCUGGGUCAGGUGUUUGACUGUGCGGCUGUUCUGGCUGCGAAGGGGGCCCCCAAGGAGGGGGGCCCCCAGGACAAGGGCCCCGCACUACAGGGGGCCUCAGAUCUUUUCUUGAUUGCUGGGGGCCCCCGGGGGGGCCCCCAGGGGGCCCCACAGAAAUCCAACUCCCUGCUGCCGCUGGUGCUGCGCACAGCUGCUGCUGCUGCUGUUGAAGUUUUAGGGUCUGUCACGCGGGACGCGCUGUUCACUUGCGCUCGAUGGCGACUAGUGGUGGCGAUGCAGAAGCGGCUGUUUGCCUCUUUGCUGCGGAGACCUUUUUUUUUGGGGGUUUCCGGGUGUAUGAGCAAUGGCAAGCAAGUGGUAACAAGCGGAGCACAGAAGCUGCUGUCUGCUGUAGUGAAUGCUUCUGUGGGGGCUUUUCUUAUGUUUCGGCUGUCUCCGCAAAUGACUGCGCUCGGCAUGCUGGCGGUGCCCUGCGUGUUGAUGGGUACUGGGGGCGCGGCGCGCGCCAUUGGGCUGCUGCAGAACGACCUGCUGGCAAACAUAUCUUCGAUAGCUACAGAGGUGCUGGCGAAUAUCUACACCGUCAAGGCAAACGCUGCAGAGGCCAUUGAACUUCAGUUGCAUGCAUGCGUUUCGUAG